CUUACGACAAAUCAUUAAAUAACAUUGCAAAUUGCACUUUAUUCUUCCUUAUAUUACCACUUUGCAUUAUUUGUCUGUGACAUUCGCAAAAAUUACCUCCUCUAAAUUAUGACAACAGUACCAGCCUUGGAACAGAGAGAUUUUGCAACAGACGAAAGCAUUGUAUUGCAAAUCCAAAACAUUACAGCACAAUUGCAGGAGUCUAGCUCAAAUAUACAAGAUAUUCAACGGAUAAUACAGGAAGAUGCCCGCGAAACUGAAUUAGUGCGGCGAGAGGCGCUGCAGGAUGCUCGCUUACUUCUUCAAAGAAUGUCAAGAAAUCUUGAACUGACACGCUCAGAGGGUUCAGGACAGCACAUCGAAGCAGAAAGUCUGGAACACAACACACAAAUGUACGAAAUGGACAAGAAAAAGUUUGCAAUUGCCAAAACUAUCCAGAACAUGGAUCAGGAUAUUGUAUCCCUUGAGACUGCCAUUCAUCAUCUCCGCAUGCAGAGUCUAAAACUGGGGUUUUCACAAAAGAUUAAUAAUGCAAGGAAUCCACACUCGGACAAUAAGGGAGCGAGGGAAGAAGCAACGACAAGUAAUCAGGAAGAAGACUUGCCAGAUGAUCCAGAAGAUAUCAUGGAUGACACAUCACAUGCUUCCACGGUAUUACGUCUACAGCUCUAUCGAGGACUUGGGAUUGAGCUGCUGGAAGACGAUGUCGGAGUGUACUCAAAAGCUCGAAUUCGCUCCAACGUACGGAAAGAUGUUCAUCUUGUCAAGCUUGAUGAUCAACUCUCACCAUACUUUCAGACAAAUCUAAUUUGGGAAUUUGCAUCAUGAAUUGACAUUCGUAGAAUAGGACGAAAGAGGCUUACUCUAUCCAACCUGAAUCUAUUUAUUCUAAGAUACCAUGUGAAUAUAAGUAAUAUAAAAUCAUUCGAACAUUUCCAGUUCUUCCCU